AUGGCACCACCCACGUCCCUGUCAUCGCACGAGAGGACACGGGUGGAAGAUUAUUUCAAUGACAAGAUCCAAGUCUCUGCUGACCUUGAGAGCCUGGACUCGCUGUUAUCCACCCUUCGCGCGCAACAGGACCUCCAGCGGAAGCAGGUACUGAUCCCCUCCUUGCCCGCAAAGUCCAUGUCUCGAAAUGCGCACCACCCACUAACUCAACUUCUACAGCUAACAGAAGCUCAAGAGGCCCUUUCUAAUGCUACAAAAGCAUCUAAUGACCACGCCGAAGCUACUCGAAAGCGUGCCGAGGCAUUCGCGGAGGAACAAGCGGACAUCGAUCGACGGCUAAAGGCAAUUACAAAAUCGGAGACCAGCGAUGAAGCGGUUCGACGUCUGGAAAGUAGUAUGCAGAGGCUACAAAGACUGGAUAUUUCCAAGGGAUACGUGGAGUUGCUGAAGGAAGCCGAAGAGUUGAGUAAGGAUGCUUUGUCGAAAAUCACCUCGGAACCCCGUGCCGCAUUGAAGCCCUACUCUCGACUUCGCGCAAUCGUCUUGUUGCUUCAGGAAGCCCAGCCCGCCGCUGAAGGGGCUGCGCCUCACCUUGUUAUCUAUACGGAGAGACUAGCAACCGCGUUGAGACAGCAGUUGAAGGACUUCUUUGGUGGUCGUCUACAGAAGACUCUUGAAUCCAUGAAAUGGCCGACUCGGGAGCUGAAAAUUACAGAUAAUCAUCUGAAUUCGUGGCGACAGGAUGUUGAGCUCCUGAUAGACUUGCAGAUACCUGAACUUCAAGGUCGCGAUGCAUUGGCUGUGGGCCAGAACCUUGAGCCUCGGGUUCUGUUUCCAUUGGAGGUCAUGGUGCAUGCUCUUGAUCUCCGAUUCAAGUAUCAUUUCAGUGGCGAUAAGCCGACUAAUAGGCUUGACAAGCCCGAAUAUUAUCUGUCGCAUAUAGUGGAUCUCAUCAGCCAAUUCGGAGGUUUUUUUACUUCUUAUCUCCAGCCGAUUUUUGAUGAAAAGGCACAGUCGAUCGACCAAUCUCUGGAAUGGAACUUCUACGACGCAUUGCAUGCAUUAAUAACUGCGGUCUUGCCAAUGCUACGAGAGAAGAUUGAAUCGUUCCUGCCUCAGAUCGCGGACCAUCCUCAAUUACUCAGCCAUUUCAUUCAUGAGCUGAUGAAUUUCGACAACGAGAUCAGAGAAUCAUGGAACUAUCUGCCAGACCCCUACUCGGAUGGAAACUGGAAAGGAAUGACCUGGGAGGUCCUUACCAAGCAGGGGUGGUAUGAUCGCUGGCUCCAGGUGGAGAAGGAGUUCGCAUUGGCUCGAUACAAGAACAUUAUCGACACUGUCGACAGUGGGCAUAUCGACUAUGAUGGGGUUGAAAUUACUGCUACCAAGCCGACUAAGGCCGCGAUUCGCGUGAACGACCUACUUGAGACCAUCAGCGAACGCUAUAAGCCACUGACCUCGUUCAGUCAGAAGCUAAGAUUCUUGAUUGACAUUCAAAUUACAAUUUUCGACCAAUUUCACGAGCGCCUUCACUCUGCCUUGGAGGCAUAUCUUGCACUGACCUCCGCUCUGGGUCGCACAGUGCAGGGAGCAGACGGACAAGCGAGCGUGGAAGGCGUUGCAGGUCUUGAGAGACUUUGCAGGGUCUUUGGAAGCGCCGAGUACUUAGAGAAAAAGAUGGAUGAUUGGAGUAACGACAUUUUCUUCCUUGAGCUCUGGUCCGAUCUUCAAGAACAGGUUCGCAAGAACCGUAAUGGCGGCCUCAACGUCGCAGGAACUAUGUCCAUCGCGGAAGUUGCAUCACGCACCUCUCCAGCUGUUACCAAUACUGGUUCAUCCAACGACGGUACCCCAUCAGAUGGUGCUCUGUUCGAUGAGACUGCUUCGGCAUACCGUCGGCUUCGACUACGGUCCGAGUCCAUCAUUACCUCUACUCUGGCCUCGAACAUUAACACAGCUCUGAAGCCCUAUUCGCGCGUGUCAACCUGGACAACGCUUUCCUCGCCUUUGGAUGGUGCCAUUCCAUCCCAUCUCUCCCUAUCCCCUGAUCUGGCGCCUACAAUACGCUCUUUAGCAACACAGCUCUCCUUCCUCUCUAAAGCACUGGGUAUGGCACCAUUACGACGAGUCUCCCGACAGCUUCUUCUCUCAAUUCAGAAUUACAUCUGGGAUCAUGUUUUGACUAGAAACACAUUUUCUGCAACUGGAGCCGCCCAAAUUGCUAGUGAUAUCGAGCAACUGUCUACUGCGAUUGACAAUUCGCUCGCUGUAACUGGCCAUGCGGGUGAUUCGUUGCAGAUCAUGAAGAAGCUUAAUGAAGGAUUGCGUCUGCUCAAUCUGAGCACCGACUCAGAAGCACGUAAUGCGGAUGAGACCGGUGCUGAUCUCUGGAGUGUUGAGAAGAGACUCUUCAGAGAUAAUGAGAGUGCACGGGCUAUGCUUGCGGAACUGGAGAUUGAUAGCUUAACUGAGGCUGAGGCACGCUCAAUCUUGAAGCGUAGAGUGGAGGUUGUCAGCUAG